GAAUCUGUCUCGACUUUUACUUCCGGGUUGUGUCACUGUCGGUUGUGGCAAUGACACUGAGCAGCAGUUUAAGUCCGCUGAUUGUUUUACAUUUUAUUUUCUCACACUUAAAACAACUAACAUAAAUACCGACCACACUGCAACCAUGGCCUCAAACACGUCAACUUAUUCAGACCAGCAGCAGCAGCAGCUGCCCGGGACACAGAUACCUGUAGAUUACGUUCCUAAUGAAGAGGAGAAGCGGGUGUUUCGUGAGUGCAGCCACGAGAGCUUUUGGUACAGGUCGGUGCCCUUCUCUGUCAUUAGCAUGGCUAUAACCCAGGCUCUUGUCACGAGAGGGUCUGUAUCUGUUUCUCCAAGAUUCGGACCGCUACCAAAACUGGCCUUUGCUGGUAUGUUUGGCUACUUUGCAGGGAAGAUAUCGUAUAUGAAAACAUGUCACGAGAAAUUCAAGAGUUUGGAGAACUCUCCGCUGGGAGAAGCUCUAAGGAAGAGGGCAGGAUCAGCUCAACAAUAUUCUCAGGGCCAUGAGUCAGAGAUGAGCCAUCCGGACAAGCAGUCAUUUGAUCCUAUGUUCCAGGCAACAUCUCCAAGUCAGAUACCCAGUUACUCCAGAGAUUUCGAUCAAGGAUACAAUCCAGACCCAUCAACACAAAUGAGCAGAGAUGGUAUCAGUGGUCAAGCCAAAUCAUACUUGGAAGAGGAGGAGCCCCAGAGGAAGUCAAUACUUUAUGAGAAUCUGAGGGUCAAAAACAGAGAAAACUAUGAAGUCACGCUUACCCAGAAGGCUGAGGCAACGCUCAAACCAUCACCUGAGAAAGAACGAGACAGGACAAAGAAAGAAGUGAAGAAGAACAUUUAUGGAGACACAUGGGAAGAAUGAUUCCCAUUUGAAUGAAUGAAAAAAAAGUGCAGCUCAGUCAGUGACAUGUAUUAUGAUCUAUGUGAAUCAGUCAAUUCAACCAAACUGCUUCAGAACUUCAAUUAUUUGUCUGUUUGGCUUUGACUGUCAUUAGAUAACUUUUAAUCUCACUGCAUUAAAUACUCAAUAAAUA